CGAUCAGCAGGCUCGUCGGCGAUCCACAAUGGCGUCGAGGAGGAUUAGCCCGGCGGCGCUGUGCCUGUGGCUCGCGCUCGCCGGCGUUGUUGUUCAGGCGCAUACUAAACCUGACGAGAGCCUGACGAAGGUCACGGUCAAGACCUUCUUCGACAUCGAGAUCGACGGCAAGCCCACAGGCCGGAUCAUCCUGGGGCUUUUUGGGGAGACGGUCCCUAAAACUGCAGAGAAUUUCCGAGCGCUUUGCACAGGGGAGAAAGGCAUUGGCAAGGCCGCGAAGCCUCUCUACUACAAGGGAUCCACGUUCCACAGGAUCAUCCCGGAGUUCAUGAUCCAGGGAGGCGAUUUCACCAACUUCAACGGAACCGGCGGCGAAUCCAUCUAUGGCUCGGUGUUCCCCGACGAGAACUUCAAGCUCAACCACACUCACUCCGGUACUCUGUCCAUGGCCAAUUACGGGAAGGAUUCGAACGGGUCCCAGUUCUUCAUCACCACUGUGAAAGGAAGCCGGAUGCCGAAGAAGGUGGACGGGCUACACGUCGUGUUCGGCGAGGUGCUGGACGGAAUGGACGUCGUCCACGAGAUUGAAGCCCAAGGGCAGCCGACUGGCGAGCCCAAGGCCAAAGUCGUCAUAGUUAACAGCGGACAGCUCCCUGAUGAUGAACUGUAAUUAUAAUGAACUGAUGAUCCGUGCACAUACAUCCCCCUUUUCUUUGACGGGACAUAUACGUCUUUGAUGGAAGCACAUUGUAUUCGCUCCUAUUGAGAAAAUCAAACGUGAUUCUUUUUCA